CGCAGCCUCACUUCGCCCCUCGCCAUGAACCCCAGCAACCCGUUCCAGGACCCGUCCGUGCUGCGCGCGCAGACGCCCGCGACCCCGGGCAUGAACUUCUCGGCCAUGUCGCCGCCCGCGCCCGUGGAGCCCGUGGGCGGCGCGUACCAGGCGGCCCAGCCGGGCGUGCCCCGCCAGAACCUCAUGGACGAGAUCGGCAGCCAGAUCAAGGCCACCAACAGCCAGACGAUCAUCAAGGUCAUGCGCCUGCUGAACCUGGUGCUGGCCUCGGCCACCAUCGCCGUGGGCGUGCUGGCCUGGAUCUUCGGCCAGGUCGACACCUUCCAGAGGGUCAUCGCCGGCAUCUACAUCAUUAUGUUUGGGUCGCUGCUGCUGGCGUUCGAGCUGCGCACGGAGAAGAUCGACGUGGUGCUGCGCAAGAACUUUGGCUUCAUGUAUGGCAACAAGACGCGCACCAUCUUCCUCGUCUUCAUUGCUAUCUGGCCGCUGUCGAUGGGCAACUUCUGGCUGACGAUCCUGGACGCGGUGCUGCUGUUCCUCAACGCUUUCUUCAACUACUUCGUCAUCUCGCAGCACCCGGCCUUCUCCACCGUGCCGCCCGUGUACGACCCGAACCAGCCCCAGGCGGCCUACGCCCCCGCGCCCCACAUGAACGUCAAGAUCGAGCGCAAGAUGGCGCGACUCAACCGCCGCAAGAUCGCGGCCGAGGCGGAGCGGGAUGCGCUGGCACGCGAGGCGGAGGCGGCGCGCGUGGCCGCCAUCAGCCGCAGUCGACUGAGGCGUCUACCGCCGUGGCUGCCCACUCUGCCCUCUACCAACAGCGAGGACGGCGCCGUACUGCGGGACCUCAACGACGUCUCGCGCCCCGUGGCGCUGCGCGUGGGCGAGGAGAUGGCCCGCUACUGCGCGUACACGCAGCGCGUGGUGGACGCGGCCCGGCAGCACAUUGACGCGGCCAUCGCGCACAUCGCGGACGGCGUGCGCAAGAUCUGGCCGCACGCGUCCGUCAUGUGCUUCGGCUCGUACUCGACGGGUCUGUGGCUGCCCAGCAGCGACGUGGACGUCGUCGUCAUGGGGCUGUCCAACUCGGAGGACCGGGACGUGCCCACGCGCUUCGUGCCCGACGGCGUGAAGGAGCUCGAGCAGUUGGCGCGGCAGCUGCGACCGCAGCGCAGUUGGGUGCAGCGCGUGGACGUCGUGAGAGGCGCCAAGGUGCCCGUGGCCAAGUUGAUCUUGCGUCGCGGCAGCCAGAAGGACGGGGACGACGCCGCGCUGCUGCGCGUGGACAUCUCGAUCGAGAACCUGCAGACAAGCCACGGAAUGGAGGCCAGCAAGCUCGUGCGCCAAUAUAGGCAUCAGGAGGAAGAAGACGAAGAGGUGGAGGGGGUUAGAGGUGAAGGGGAAAAUGAGACGGCGGAGCAGCGGGAGGCGAUGAAGCUUGGACAACUGCUGCUGGAUUUCUUGGAGUACUAUGGCACAUCAUUCGACUACUUCACUACAGGAAUAUCGCUCAAGCCCGAAGCCUUUGGCGCGUAUCCUCUAGCAGCACACUUGUCGAUCGCAAACGGCCUGCCACUCAUGCCACAGCUUGUUAUUGAUGAUCCGGUGUACAAGAACGGACAGCACAAUGCAGCCGCUGGAGCUUUCGCACUUGCUCGCGUCGUGGCCGCGCUAGAGAAUGGCUACUUCGCAUUGUGGUUUCACCGACCGACCCAGUUUGCACCGACACCGCUAUGCCAACUAUUGCACUGGUCUGGCCACCAAGCACGGGAUGUAACCAACUCGGCAACCACGACCAAAUAA